GCAGAAGCUGAUAUUAUAUUUCUGUGUCUGUGUCUGUUGAAGGUUGAAGUUGCACUGCAAAAAAACACUUGAUUGGUCGGUGCAUUCUAAUUAUUGAAUAACAACUAUUGUCAAAUUUAUUUGAAAAUAAACAAUAGUAUAACGAAUACGAAAAUACUGAAAAUUGCAGUUUUUUGUAAGUAUAUUAAUUUAUAAGUUUCUCUUUGGCCUUGAAAUUGCCGAAUAACCCGGAACACGUGCAUGCCUUUAUAAAAAUUUCGCGGUAAUUAUUGGCGUCUUUGUUCAGAUUUGGAGUACAAUCUGUUAAGACAAUUUUUGUAAAUAAAAUGGAUGACGACUGGGAUGAUGGAGCACCAGCUACUACAACUCCUGUUACUGCUGGUAUAGCUGCUGAGGGUGGACGAAAAUUUACAGCAGGGAGAGGUUUUAAAGCAGUAGAAGCAAAUGAUGAUUGGGGCUCUGGAGCAGCUACAACUAAUGAUUCUGAUAGUGGAUGGAAUGAUGCUCCAUCUGAUAACUUUAAUAAUAACAGUCAUAAUAACCGAGGUGGUAGAGGAGGUCGUGGUGGUAGAGGAGGACGUGGAGGACGAGGAGGUUUUAGAAGCGAAAAUGGCAGAAGUAAUGAUAAUGGAUGGGGUGAAGAUAAAGGAAAUGGUAAUGAUGGUUUUAAUGAUGAAUGGGGAGAUUCUGGAAACAAAUUUGGUUCCGGAGACGAUGGUGGCCGAGGACGUGGUCGCGGUAGAGGUGGUCGUGGAGGUGGCCGUGGAAGAGGCAGAGGUGGCGGAAGAAGUGGAGAAAACGAUUUUGAUAAUAGGUCCAAUAAUGAUGCUACUGGCGGCAAAGGCGAAAAUGGAGAGGAAGUAAAACGGGAAAUAUAUAUACCUCCCGAAAGGUCUACCGAUGAAGAACUUUUCCAAAGUACCAUUACCUCUGGCAUAAACUUUAUAAAACUGGAUGAAAUUGAAGUAAAUGUGAGUGGUGAAGAUAUUCCACAAUCAAUUUCAACCUUUGAGAGUUCAGGUUUAAGACCUCACUUAUUAGAGAAUAUAAAAAAAUCUGGUUACACAAAACCAACACCAAUACAGAAAUAUGCGAUCCCAAUAAUUCUCGGUGGUAGAGAUCUGAUGGGCUGUGCUCAAACGGGAUCUGGAAAAACUGCUGCUUUCCUCUUGCCGAUGAUCAACAUGUUACUAGCUAGUCAAGAACCACCUGUAACCGACGGCAAUAGCUGUCAACCUCGUGUUAUUAUAGUUUCCCCGACAAGGGAGUUGGCUAUACAAAUAUUUGAACAGGCUAAGAAGUUUGCUUAUAACUCAAUCAUCAAAACGGUAGUAGCUUAUGGGGGAGUCUCUGUAAAUUAUCAGAAAAAUCAUGUCCUGAGCGGCUGCCACAUUCUAGUUGCAACACCAGGAAGGUUGAAUGAUUUUGUAAAACGAGGACAUGUUUCUUUUGCAUCUGUUAAGUUUUUCGUACUAGAUGAGGCUGAUAGAAUGUUAGAUAUGGGUUUUCUACCAACAGUAGAGCAAAUGUUGGGUGAUUCGACUAUGGUUGCGACUGGUGAACGUCAAACGCUUAUGUUUUCCGCAACAUUUCCAGAAGAAAUCCAACAUUUGGCUGGAAAAUUUUUGCACAACUAUAUCUUUGUGGCUGUUGGAAUUGUUGGUAGUGCCUCUACUGACGUAGAACAAAUUUUUUAUCAAGUCAGUAGGUUUGAUAAGAGAGAUAAAUUAAUCAAAAUGCUUCAGGAAGGACAAAGUUCUGAACGAACUGUUGUAUUUGUGGAAACAAAAAGAAAUGCUGAUUUUCUGGCAACUCUAUUGAGUGAGAAUGACAUAAAAACUACUAGUAUUCAUGGUGAUCGCUUACAAAGGGAACGUGAGCAAGCACUAUGGGAUUUCAAAAAAGGCAUGUGUAAUAUUUUGGUAGCUACUGGAGUGGCUGCUAGGGGCCUUGAUAUUGAAGGAAUACAGCACGUUAUUAAUUACGAUUUGCCAAACAGUAUUGAUGAAUAUGUCCAUCGAAUUGGGCGUACUGGAAGAGUCGGAAAUAGAGGAAAAGCUACAAGUUUCUUUGAUCCCGCUCACGAUUCCAGUUUAGCAGGAAGUCUAUCUAAGAUAUUAAAACAAGCCGGCCAAAGCGUACCUGACUGGCUUAGUAGUGGAGGGUUCUCUGGUGGAGGACAUGCCGAUAGUUUUGGAGGUCGUGAUAUUCGUGGAAGCGACUUUGGAAAAGCACAGGAUUUCAAUACUCGACCGGCUGAAGAACCUGAUGAAGAGUGGUAAAAAUGAAAUUACAAGAACAAUUUUUAUAAAAUAUAUGUUUUUUUAAGCAGGUUAAAUCAACAAUUAUUACCGGAUA